GAUCACUCGUGUGAUGGCUAAGGUUAACAUAACAUACCUGUUUAUAAUCGUGAUUGCGACUGCGGCCGCCCGAGCACAAUUGGCGGACAUCCUAUUUCCCGGACUGGCGAAAAACGCGCGGAGCUUCACAAACCUACUGGCCGACCAGCCGCUGGUGCAGGUGGCCUCGCAAGUCUCCGGGAACGUAUUCUCCACUCUCAUCCAGGGACUGACCGCCAUCCCUCUCGCCACAGCCAGGUCCUUCCACCCUACGAUCAACUUUCCAAGCCUACUCAGCGACAGCAACAUCGUCGACUACUCCCAAAAUAUAGUAACCGACUUCAAUGUAGGGUCAAACAACGAGGACGUGAGGUUGAACGUCGCGGAACUCAUUCUCAAAUAUGGAUACCCCAUGGAGCGACACAGAGCAGUCACGGAAGACGGAUACAUCCUCCAGAUGUUCCGUAUCCCAAGCAACGGGUCUGCAGUGUUUCUUAUGCACGGGCUGCUGGGAAGUGCUGACGACUACGUGAUAGCGGGCCCGGAGAGUUCUCUCGCGUAUAUCCUCGCUAGAGAAGGAUACGACGUCUGGCUGGGCAAUGCUCGAGGAAACAAACAUUCAAGAAAUCACAUGGAAUUCAAGGCAUCCGACGCCAUCUUCUGGGAUUUCUCUUGGCACGAAAUCGGCUGCUACGACUUGCCGGCUAUGAUCGAUUACGUUUUAAACAUUACAGAGCAGAAAUCGCUGAAGUACAUCGGACACUCACAGGGGACGACGUCAUUCUUCGUGAUGGCAUCUGAAAGGCCGGAGUACAAUGAAAAGAUUUCAUUGAUGGUUGCUCUCUCACCGGUGGCUUUUAUGUCACAUGCGAAUUCGCCUUUAAUACGACUCUUGUCACCGACAAGCAAUCUUCUUUACGGGCUAUUGAAGUCAAUCGGCGUAUAUGAGUUUCUUCCGGACAGCUCGUUGACGCGGACUAUGAAGCAACUGAUGUGCGGCAGCGGACCAUUGGCGGAGAUCCUUUGUAGUAAUGUGUUGUUUUUGAUGGUUGGUUUCGGGUUUGACCAGUUGAAUGUGACGAAUUUGCCUGUGAUAUACUCUCAUGUGCCGUCUGGUGCUUCAUCGAAGCAGUUUGUGCAUUAUGGGCAGGGAGUUAUCUCGAGAGAGUUCAGGCAGUUUGAUUACGGCCACUCGGAGAACGUGCGAAGGUACGGUUCGAGCCAGCCUCCUAAGUAUAACCUGAAGAACAUAGUUGCGCCGAUCUCGUUAUUCUACAGCGAUGCCGACUGGUUGUCACACCCUACAGAUGUGGAUGAGUUGUACAGUCAUUUAGAUAGUGCGAUUGACAUUUACAAAAUCCCAUUGGAGCGAUUCAAUCACUUAGAUUUCAUAUGGGCGAAGGAUUUUGAAAAUAUAAUAUACAGCAGAUUAAGGAAACUGUUAAUGCACUUUUAAUAAAUGGCUUAAUGGGAGUUUUUAUGUAGGUACAACAUACAAUGAAAUCCUUCUUAGAUAAUAAUCGCAUAACGUUUCCGCCUUUAAAUUCAUAAUGACUUAGGUACACGCCUAAUGGUCAUAUUUUCAUCUCAGUAUUAUCACAGAAUAAAUUCUUAUUAGUAACUUAAUCGGCUUAAACUUAUUUAUUUUGUAACAUGAAA